AUGAGUUCCACCAAGACGAAAUCACAAGAGACGACAGGGCCACUGUUGGUGUACUACGCUGGUAUUUUCAGUUACGACCCCAGCAUCGUCGAGUACGAGGUCAAUAAGGAAGUCCAAAAGGCACCAAGCAAGGACAGGAAACCAUCCCGCCAACUUGUAGCCGCAUUAUGCCCUAAACAUUUCAAUCUUUUCACGAGAGGGACGGCCUUCUACGGAUUGAGCCAGGGAGCCCUAGACCUAGCUCAACAUGCAGUGCCUGGUGAACGGGGAGCUGUUGUACUUCCAGACAAGGUUAGUUUGGGUAUUAAAGAUAUUGCAAUAGAUGCCCGCUCUCAUUUCAUCGCCCUUAAGAACGGCAUCUGUGGCGUUGUCGUCACCUCCCAGGCGUACGCUUCAACUACAGCCCAAGGACUCAUCGGUCGCCUUGUUUCCGAGUUCCUCGCAAUGUUUCCUGAUUGGACAAGCGAGGACUUCAAGGUUGCCAGCGAGGUCGACUUAGGAAAAGAAAAGCCUUCCCUCUCUGGCGUCCAAGGGACACUUGAAGCGAAGCUCAAAAGCUUUCGUGGGAACAUUCUAAAGCAGAUGGACGAGGCCCAUGACCCCAAAAAUUUCAGCGCACUCGAGAAAAUCCAGAACGAAUUGAAAGAAACACGCGUAGUGCUUGAAAGGACGGUUGAGGAGGUCUUAAAUAGAGGGGAAAAGCUGGAUAUGCUGGUGGGAAAGAGUGACGCGUUGCAAGCUGAGUCUCAGCAAUUUUAUAGUAGGUUAUCACCCAUCGUACAACUCAUUGAAGAUUUUCAGUUCCCUAACCGAACAAUUUUAGAGGGUGCAAAACAGCAAAACAGCUUCUGUAAGUGCAUGUGA